AUGGACAAUUCUACCACAGUCGAUACCUUCACUAAUGGCACAAUUACUUCAGAACCAACAACAGUCGAAAUAUCCCCUCAAGACGGUUUAUCUGCUGGAGCAAUAAUUGGCAUCAUAAUCGCAAUUUUGCUUUGUAUAGCAUUGUUGAUUAUUGGUGGAUAUUUCAUUUUUCGUAAAAUUCGUGAAAGAAGAAGGAAUCAUGGCGAAUAUAAACCACAGUUCGAAGAAUAUCAUCAUGCCAAAGAUUUACCGUUUAUUCAACCACCUUCAAUUGAAGGCCUUAUUUGA